AUGUUGGUUUUAGUCAACGAUAAUCCUACUAAGGAAUUUGUGGUGGAAAGAGGAUUACGUCAAGGGGAUCCCUUAUCCCUUUUUCUUUUUGUGAUUGUGGCGGAAGGAUUGAAAAUAUUGGUGAACAAGGCGGUGGAAAAUGGGGAUUAUGUUGGUUGCAAUGUGAAAGGCAAUUGUUUUGUUGACGUUCUCCAAUUUACGGACGAUACUUUAUUAGUGGGAGAUGGAAGUCGGAAGCAUUUAUGGGCAAUCAAAUCGGUGUUGCGUGGAUUUGAUUUAGUUUUGGGUUUUGGUAUCAAUUUCAACAAGAGUAAGCUUAUUGGAAUAAAUAUUAAUUCUCACUUUUUGGAGGUGGCCACUUCUUUUCUUUCUUGUAAGUUAGAAUCGAAAGAGUUUUCUUUUCUUGGGAUUUGUAUAGGUUCUAAUCCAAGAAUGAUCGCUUUUUGGAGACCCGUUGAAGAGAAGUUUAGGAAGAGGUUGUGUUCGUGGAAAGGGAGAUGGCUUAGUUUCGGGGGAAGAAUAAAUCUUUUAAAAUCCGUUCUAGGAAGUUUACCUAUCUUAUCCUUUUCUUUUUAUUUGGCUCCGAAGAAGGUUAUUCAAGAGAUUAAUAAAAUUCAAGGUAAUUUCCUGUGGGGAGGUGUAAAGGCUAAGAGAGGUAUUCAUUGGGUGAAGUGGAAAGAAGUGUGUUUGCCGGUGGAUAAAGGUGGGCUAGGUUUGCGAUGUUUGGAAGAUUUCAACUUGGCUCUUCUUAUUAAAUGGAAGUGGAGAAUAAUGGAGACCUCUAACUCUCUUUGGUAUAGAAUGUUGAGAGUGAGAUACGAGGAUAUUAAGCUCCGACUGGUUAUAGAAGGUGGAAGGAGAGAUCACUAUAGUUCCAAAUCGGUUUGGUGGUCGGGUGUCAUUUCUUUAAAGAAGAUACUUCCGACAAUUUUUUUUGUGAAUAAUUGUUGUUUCCGUAUAGGCGAUGGAUUUUCUACUUCUUUUUGGCAUGCCCAUUGGUUGGAGGAGGGAAUUAUUAGGAAUAUGUUUCCGUCUCUGUUUGAAAUUUCUUGUUUACAGGACGUAUCCAUUGCCGGAAUAGGGGGCUGGUCGGAUGAAGGAUGGCAUUGGAACGACUUUGGGAUCCCUGUGCUGCAUAGGGCUGCCGCUGCCGCUGAAGCAGGGGUAUUGCGUUGUAUGCUAUAG